CACAGCCCGUUACCGUGAGGGGGCGUGCGGGCGGAACAUCUCGAGAUUCCGUUGCCGGAGAGAAGGGCGGGGAGGCGACAUGAACUCAUCAUCGGGCGAAGGGAGGCACGACGACGACUCCGCUCUCGCGGAAUUCCUCGCUUCCCUCAUGGACUACACCCCCACCAUUCCGGACGAGCUGGUGGAGCACUACCUCUCCAGGAGCGGCUUCCACUGCCCCGACUUAAGACUAACAAGGCUGGUAGCUGUAGCUGCUCAAAAGUUCAUUUCGGAGGUUGCAAGUGAUGCUCUUCAGCAUUGCAAGGCAAGGCAAGCAGCACCAGUUAAGGAUAAGAGCAAGCAACCCAAGGAUAAGCGUCUUGUCUUGACAAUGGAGGAUCUUUCGAAAGCCCUGCGUGAGGUGAGAAAAUUGACAGUCUCUUCCAUUUACUUUUUUGAAGUUACUUUCUUUGGCAUUUUAAUCUAUUGUUUACUGAUCGAAAAGAAAAAAAAGUUUGUUAUGAUUAAAGUCUAGCAAGGUAGUGUUCUC